AUGGCCAAAGCAAAAGGACGCGCAAAGGAUUUCCAAGACCCGGACGAGGAAUUGGCCAAAGAUUACGAUCCUGAAGCCAAUGGGAACAGCGACAAUGACAAUGGAAGUGGCUUGAGUGAGGAUGAGCGCGCCGGCACUGAGCACUACGUGACAGUUGGCCGCAGUAAGCUUCGAGAGAAGGAGGGGAUUUCUCUGGGACGCCAAUACAGAGGAUCUCGAGUUUCGCGCCAGGCUUUAGAAGAGGACGACCACGACGACGACGAGGAAGAGGAAGAUGAAGAUGAAGAUGAGGAUGAUGACGAAGAUGACGGAUUUGAUGAUCCGGAAACGGCCGACUUAGCUGCUGAUACUGCAGAGGCUAGCGACUCGGAAAUUAGUAGCGACAAUGCUCUAGCAGAGUCUGACGACGAGCGACUGAAUGCAUUCGUAUUCCGGGGCAGCUCAAAGCCUAAGCAGCCCAAGAGCAAGCGAGCCUCUGCGGCGGACUUUAUGUCUGCUUCUGAAGAUGAAGAAGAAGAAGAGGACGAGGAUGAAGACGAGGAUAUGGACGAUGGUCUAGACGCCUUGUUGAACGGUAAUGGAACUUCCGACGACGACGAAGACGAAGAUGACGAAGAGGAGGACGACGAUAAGGAAGAGGAAGAUGAUGAGGAUGAAGAUGAGGACGAAGAUGAUGAAGACGAAGAAUCGGUUAAGAAAAGCGCCAAACCGUCCCCAGCAACUCCAUCAUCAAACCAGACCGAAGUCCAGAAAGGAAUGGCUAUUCAGCAGCAGAGGAAAAUCUAUGACGGGCUACUCAACAUGCGUAUCCGACUACAAAAGGCACUCGUUGCCGCGAAUACCUUCCCAACUCUGGAUUCUGACUCGAGCUCAGAGACGGAGGCCUACGAAGCUGCUGAGGAAGCUGCUAUCAAAUUGCUAAACACUAUUAGCGAUCUUCGAGAAAACCUGGCUCCUCCCACGGCCGCUGGCAGCAAACGAAAGCGAAUCGCAAUCGACUUUUCCAACGAACAAAUCUGGCAGCAAAUUCAGCAGGAUGAUCAAAGGGCCGUCAAGUUCCGAGAAGACAGGCUAGAUAAAUGGUCUCGCAAGGUGCAGAGCGCGACUGUGGCCGCGCCAGCAAGCAGACUUGGUGCUAAGCCCAAGACACUCAUUAGUGCUCUGCAAGACCAGCUCGCCAAUCCUGAUGAGCGACUUGUCAAGCGCACACGAGUACCUCGAUCAUGCGCGCCAGUUCAGGCCUCCAAGAAGAUCACUGAGAGUGAGGAUAUUUACGACGAUGCCGACUUUUACCAACUCCUUCUGAAGGAGCUUGUGGAUCAACGCACAGUUGAGUCAGCCGCAGAGCAAUCCAGCGCGAUAGCCUCCGUCAUGCUUACUGCCAACAAAGAGGCCAAGUCCCGAAAGGUGGUGGACCGAAAGGCAAGCAAAGGACGAAAGAUGAGGUUCACAGUGCACGAGAAGCUGCAGAAUUUUAUGGCGUCUGAGGACAGGAGAAGCUGGGAACAGGAGGCGAUUGAUCGCUUCUUCGGUACUCUGUUUGGCCAGAAGAUGGAACUUAACGAGGAAGAGAGCGAGGAUGAGGAGAUGGAGGCUCUGUAUAAGGAGGACAACAACGGACUACGGCUGUUCAGAUAAGGAGAGGAGCUUGUUUUUAUAUACUGGCAUUGAUAGAUGGCUGGGAGAGAAACCCGCCGACUUGGACAUGAUACAUUGUGUUAAUAAAACCUCUUUC